GCAACCAGCGACCGCACAGUUUUCAAACACGGCGAAGCGAGCACUUCAGAGGCACCUGCGGAAAGGAAUCGCUUAUUAUUGCGGGAUUCCCCCUCGGAUCCAGGAACCAACUCAUAAUUUAUUACAAGUUCGUUUCCAUCGUGUUUACCGGAGGUGUUACCGUGGAAACAACGCACAUGAGGCUUCCCUUUCCAGGUCCCCGGGCGCUGAGACGUGUUAACUUAUUGGUCAGAUCGGGACCCGGUGCGCGCUGAGGCUGCAGGCUGCACACUACAAUGGUCUGCUUCUCCACGAACAGCCUGGGUUUGGAGCCGUCUUGGGCCUGCUCGUUAGAUAUGGGGAACAUCGCUCUCACGUUGGCUUAUUAAAAUCACUUUUUGGUGUUGCGAACCGAUCAUGCCUGCGAGGAACAGGUACAAUCUGGUGGACGAUUUGGCCGAUUCGAGGGUACCUCUCCACAACGAGGAGGCAUACCAGCAUGGAAUACACUUCCAAGCCAAGUACGUGGGCAGUCUGGAUGUCCCCAGACCAAACAGCCGCAUGGAGAUCGUGGCGGCUAUGAGGAGAAUCAGAUAUGAGUUCAAGGCCAAGAACAUCAAGAAGAAGAAAGUGAGCAUCGUGGUGUCUGUGGAUGGGGUCAAAGUGUUGAUGAGGAAAAAGCAGAAGAGGAAGGAGUGGACCUGGGAUGAGGGAAAGAUGCUCAUCAUGCAGGAUCCUAUAUACAGAAUCUUCUAUGUGUCUCAUGAUUCCCAAGACCUGAAGAUCUUCAGCUUCAUCGCCAGAGAUGGCACCAAUAACUGCUUCAGGUGUAACGUCUUCAAGACUAAGAAGAAGGCUCAGGCCAUGCGCAUCGUGCGGACUGUGGGCCAGGCCUUUGAGGUGUGUCACAAGAUCAGCCUGCAGCAUGCCGAGCAGGAAGCAGAUGGACGGGCGGACGGAGACAGUGACAAGUCCACAGAGGAGGCCUCCACUGAUGGUCCCAAACCGCCAGGCGCCCAGCAGGACGAGGAAGAGGACGGUGGUAAAGAGGGAGGAAGAGGAGGAGGAGGAGCAGAGCAUUCAUCAGGAGCAGCCCCGUGUGAGCAGGCGGUCAGCGGCGUUCUGCAGAGCCUGGCGGAGCUCAGUGUGGUCCGACCUGGACAGAGCGUCACGGUUUUCUAAGUGCAUCUAGGUUUUAUUAUCAUAUUUUAUUGACCCUUAUAGAGCUGAGAACCGCGUGGAAACAACCGAUUUAGCGUCCUUGUCCUCACAUGGGAGGUGUGUCGGUCCCACGCAGCCCUGCCAUCCAGGCCGGGUACAUUGAUUAUUGGGGGGAAAGGACGUCAGGCGGAGGAGGAACCAACAGACUCCAGGUCGGCGAGCAACGUGGGAGAGGAAGUAGAGGCGUUCUGUGCCUGCGUCUGGGACGGCCUUAAGUGCUGAGCCCUUCCAGUCUCGAUCUCUGUUUGAUUUGAUUGGAUAUAUUUUUAUUACUUUAAAUGCCAAUUUUAAGUCCAGUAGGAGGUUGUGCUGAAGAUCUCUAACUAUAACAACAAGGGGUUUCAGGUCCUUCAGGAACAAUGUUAUCAAGAGUUGAUAUUUACCCACUAAUGUAGUACUUAGAUGCCAUUUUAAUUAGUCUUCAGACAAGAUAUUCUCCAUUAAGCACUCUGGUCUCAUCCUUAUGGAGAGCGCUGUGAGUCUCCUCAUCACUGUUCCAGAGCAGGUUUAUUAGGAUUUAUUUGGCCGUGUGCUAGUAUGUCUUGUAUGUUUCUGAGCACUGGUAUCGCCUACAGGAGAUGUGGAGGAGAAAGAAAGUAAAGGAAAGGUUUUAUUUGUCAAGAAGAGGAAAGACACAAGGGGUCCUUAUAAUUUAUUUUAAUCAUCACAUAUCACGUUUAGGGAGAGAGAAGGAUCAAUGAAACAUAGUUGAAUAAAGCUCAAUAAAUGGUCUAAUGGAA